AUGGUAGGAAGUGAGGUAUCGGCAAGGCCAAGACUUGAAGAGCAAUGUCCAGUUUGUGGUGAUCGCGUAUCCGGCUACCACUAUGGGCUACUUACUUGUGAAAGCUGUAAAGGUUUCUUCAAGAGGACUGUCCAAAACAAGAAGAGUUACCAGUGCGCAGCAUCCUCGAACUGUCCUGUCGACAAAGCAGGUCGUAAACGGUGCCCACGAUGCCGCUUCGCCAAAUGUCUUCAACAAGGCAUGAAAAUAGAAGAGACUGCACUGCAACUGCAGAGAAUCUGUGAACUUUAUGAUGCAAAAUCGGUACUGUAUACGUCAGCCUCUUUUGCCACUCGCUCUGCCACUUACACUCUCAAUGCCAACGUUUCUCCAUUUUUCGAAUCUAGAAUUUGA